AUGAUUGAUGCUCCCAUAUCUAUUUCCGAAGCCGGCAUUUUCUGUAUCCGGUCUGUCUUGAAUCUAUCUAUCUAUCUAUCUAUCUAUCUAUCUAUCUAUCUAUCUAUCUAUCUAUCUCAGUCUGUCUGUAUGUAUCUAUCUAUCUAUCUAUCUAUCUAUCUAUCUAUCUAUCUAUCUAUCUCAGUCUGUCUGUCUGUCUGUAUGUCUGUAUCUAUCUAUCUAUCUAUCUAUCUAUGUCUGUUUAUAUGUAUGUAUGUAUGUAUGCAUCUAUCUAUCUAUCUAUCUAUCUAUCUAUCUAUCUAUCUAUCUAUCUAUCUAUUGUCUGUUUAUGUGUAUGUAUGUAUGGAUGUAUGUAACUAUCUAUCUAUCUAUCUAUCGAUUUCAGUCUGUCUGUAUAUCUAUCUAUCUCAGUCUAUUUAUUUGUAUGUAUGUAUGUAUGUAUGUAUGUAUGUAUGUAUGUAUCUAUCUAUCUAUCUAUCUAUCUCAUCUGUUUCUAUCUAUCUAUCUAUCUAUCUAUCUAUCUAUCUAUCUUAUUAUUAUUAUUAUUAUUAUUCACUUUUGCUUGGUUCUUCUCAGUGUUGGUGUUGCUUUUCUGACCUUGUCUCGUCUUCAGACAAGACCGGAACGUUUCACGAAUGCCUAAUUCCGUCAUCGUCCAGCAUCUGCUCAAUAAGCCAACAAAAGGUCGUAUCUCGGUGGAUAUUCCAGAAUGUCUGCACCUCUCUGCCAAAAAUCGAUCGCCUUUUUUUUUCAUUAUUCGCGGCAUUGCUUUUUUCUUGGCUGUUCUUUCUUUUUUUCUUUUAUUUUUCUCGGCCUCUUAUUGUCUCUUUCUUUCUUUCAUUCUUUCUUUCUUUUAUAUCUUGUCGUUUUUCUUUGUCCUUUUCUUUCCCUACGUCAUUCUUUUAUUCUUUCUUUUACAUCUCUUCUUUUUUUGUUUUUUGUUUUUUUCUCUUUCUUUUUCGUCGUGUUUGUUUUUCUUCGUCUUCUUUCUUUCUUUUUCUUCGUGUUUUUUUUCAAUUUUUUUCUUUCUUUCUUUCUUUCUUUUCGACAUCGUUCUUUUCUUUCUUUUUUCUUUCUUUCUUUCUUUCUUUCUUUCUUUCUUUCUUCUAUAUCUUUUGUCUUCUCUUUGUCCUUUUCUUUCUCUACGUCAUUCUUUCUUUCUUUCUUUCUUUUUUGAGUGUUUUUCUUUUUUCUUCCUUUUUCUUUUUGCUUGUUUUCUUCGUCUUCUUUCUGUCUUUCUUUUUCUUCGUGUUUUUGUUUUUCUUCGUCUUCUUUCUUUCUUUUUCUUCGUGUUUUUUUUCAAAUUUUUCUUUCUUUCUUUCUUUCUUUCUUUUCGACAUCGUUCUUUUCUUUCUUUUUCCUUUCUUUCUUUCUUUCUUUCUUUCUUUCUUUCUUUCUUUCUUUCCUUCUUCUAUAUCUUUUGUCUUCUCUUUGUCCUUUUCUUUCUCUACGUCAUUCUUUCUUUCUUUCUUUCUUUCUUUCUUUCUUUCUUUUUUGAGUGUUUUUCUUUUUUCUUCCUUUUUCUUUUUGCUUGUUUUCUUCGUCUUCCUUCUGUCUUUCUUUUUCUUCGUGUUUUUGUUUUUCUUCGUCUUCUUUCUUUUUUUCUUCGUCUUCUUUCUUUUUUUUCUUCGUCUUCUUUCUUUUAUAUAUUUUGUUUUCUCUUUGUCCUUUUCUUUCUUUACGUCAUUCUUUCUUUCUUUUACAUCACGUCUUUUUUCUUUCUUUUUUCGUAUCUGUAUUCUUCGUCUUCUUUCUUUCUUCUUCGUGUUUGUUUUCUUCGUUUUCUUUCUUUCUUUUAUAUCUUUUGUAUUCUCUGUCCUUUUCUUUCUCUACCUCAUCCUUUCUUCCUUUCUUUUACAUCUCGUCUUUCUUGAUUGUCUAUUCUUUUUUUUUCUUCGUGUUUGUUUUCUCCGUCUCCUUUCUUUCUAUUUCUUCCUGUUUUUUUCAUAUUCGUUCUUUCUUUCUUUCUUUCUUUCUUUCUUUCUUUCUUUCUUGCUUUCUUCUCCGUUCUUUUACCAUACCCUCGCUUUUCUCUCUCUCUCUCUCUCUCUCUCUCUUUUCUCCUCCUCCGCCUCGGUAUCAUUUCCCACUAAUUAA